UUUUAUUCAAUAAUUUCAUUUAAAAAGUGCUAAAAAAAUUUCAAAAAAAAAUGGGUAAUUCUUGUAGUAGCGGGCAAGCCCACAAAGAUAAGGACAAUAUGUCCCAAAGAUCUGAAGAAUCUCCAAGUUAUCAAGUCACUACCAGUGUUAAAAAGAAUUCUAUACCAUCUACGAAGCAAAUAGAAAUAUUAAAUAAUACUACACCAGCUUCAAAUGAUGCCAACAAUAAACAACAUUCGGGCAUUAUUUUGGAACCUUCAACUGCUGGGACAACAUCAUCUGGCACCACAUCACCUGCAGCCCAACAAAAACCAUCUGGUGUAUCAAAAGUUUUAAAAGGUGUUGCUACGUCCAGUAUAUCAGAUUCCAUCUCAUUAAGUUCACCACCUGCUGUUCAAAGCCCGCGAGAUUUUGAGAAAUUUGGAGAACCAUUGAUGCCACCACAAGUUCAAAAUUUAUCAGAAAAUUUACAACAAUUACUAAUGGGAAAAAUAGCACAAGCAAAAACUACUAAAAAAAGCAAAAAAAUUGUUAUUUAUGUUUGUGCCGCCGAUUCACAAGACUGUUGCGUAGAAAAGGGAUCAUUACAUAACGAUAUCUAUCCAGAAAUUCGUAACUACUGUCGUCAACGUGGUUAUGAAUUACAUAUAGUUGAUUUACAUUGGAAAACAUUUUUAGAAAAACAACAAGAUCAUGAAUUUCCAGAACUAUGUUUAGGUGAAUUAACACGUCAAAUGGAAGUAGCUUAUAUUAUACCUGUAGUUUUUUUAAAUAAUUCAUUGGGUACACCAUUAUUACCAAUAACAAUUGAGAGUGCUGAUUUUAAAAUGGCGCUGGACGCCGCUGAAAAUGAAACAGCUCAAUCAUUGUUACAAAAAUGGUACCAGUUAGAUAGUGCUGCUCAACCCCCAUGUUAUCGUUUACAACCCAUCGCAUCACAUAUACCUGGUUUCAAAGAGAAUUCGUUGAGCGAACGUGAACGGGCAUUAGGUGAAUGGCGAUCAGAAAUUGAACGUAUAUUAAAUAUAAUGGUAUCAAUCUUUCCACAAGAAUUACGUGACACAUACCUUACAACAGUAGUGGAACAAGAAAUACAUAAUACUGUAUUAAUGAGUCAAGAGUUAGCGAAACGAUGUAUUUGGUUACAGAGAAUUUAUACACCAGGUGUUCGAACGCCUGAAAAUAUAUCACCCGGUGAAAAAGAAUUGCAAAGGCGAUUAAAUACUAUUCAAAAUGAUUUAAGGAAUCAAUUAAGUGAAAAACAUAUUGUCCGAAUACCUGUUAAGUAUGCAGAAGGUGGAUUGAAUUUAAGUAUUCCCGAACAUCAACAAUAUAUAGAAAUGGUUGAUGCACAUUUAUUAAAACAUUUAACAGCGACAAUAGAUUCCAUUGUCGACGAACAUCAAACUAAAACAUUGUUACGACCAAGUUAUGGUGUUAGUGCAGAAUUAUUCGAAGAAUUAAAUCAUCAAAUUUAUUUUUGUCAACGAGCCGCACAAUGUAGUGUUAAUCGUGAAAAAGUUUUAAACGAUGUUAAAAAUUAUAUUAUUGGCACAAAUGAACAAGAGGGACCUUUAGUAAUUUAUGGACCUGGUGGAUGUGGUAAAACGACAUUAUUGGCAAGAAUUGCACAAUGUUCACAACAGUGGUUACAAAAUUCAUCAAAUACGGGUACUGGAUUUUUAGUGGUGCGAUUUGCUGGUACUAGCGAUCAAUCAAGUACCACUGAACAAAUUAUUGCAUCAAUUGCCAAUCAAUUUUCAAUAUUAACGUAUGGGCAUAUUUGUUAUUCUCCUCAUAAUAUUGAAAGUUAUCGCAAUAUUUUACCAGAAAUACUUGCUGCAAGUAGUUUAGCCGUUUGUAAUGCACCAGGUGUAAUUAUAAUUGAUGGAAUCGAUCAAGUGAAGCCAUAUGGUACAACAAAUAUAAAUUGGUUACCAGAAACACUACCUACAAACAUUAAAUUAAUAUUAAGUGUAACAGAAAAUAGUGAUGUACAUCGUGAAAUCUCUUUAAAAUUACCUGAAAAAUGUUUUGUUAAAAUGCCAUUACUGGGUCAAACCGAAGCAAAAAGUAUACUUAUGAAUUCUGUUAUGCAAUAUAAUCAUUCAGUUAAUUCAAAAGUACAAGAUUGUGUACUAAAAUCUGUACAAGAAUGUACACUGCCAUUAUAUGCCAAAGUGUUAGCAUGGCAAACCUCUUGGUGGGUUGAUAAAGAUCAUGAUAUUGUACCGAAAGGAAAUGUAACAGAUCAAAUUAUACAAAUGUUGGAGGAGUUAGAAACUAUUCUUGGAAAAGAUUGUGUUGAACAUGCCUUGGCUAUAUUAACAUCUACUAAAUUGGGAAUAUGUGAUUCUGAAAUGUUGGAUUUAUUGGCGUUUGAUACAGCAUUUGAAAGUAAAGAUACCUAUGUUUCGUGGGCACCAGCAUGUUUAUUUUGGUCAAGAUUGACAAAACAUUUGGGACCAUUUUUACAGUGGACGUUAACAUAUGGUGGACUAACCGUUCAAUGGAGAGAUAAUAUACUACUAAAAACAGUUGAAGAACGUUAUAAAAAGCAUAAAGAAUGGGCAAAUCAAAUGUUACAUGAUUAUUAUAUGGGUAAAUGGUGGGAAGAAAAAACUCCUAACGUUAGUGCACGAUUAAUAUCACAAGAGAUUCGUAUUGGAAAAUGUCACAAUCGUCGAAAACUAGAAGAAUUACCAUAUCAAUAUUACAAGGUAAAUGGUGAAAAUAAAUUUUUAACAUCAAUAUUUUUAACCGAUUUAAAUUGGAUAUAUGAUAAAAUAUGUGGUUUAAAUAGUUAUCAAUUAUUGGAAGACAUAUAUUUAAUAAAGAAUCAAUUAGAAAAUGCUCAAAAAAUAACAAUUAUAUUAAAAAAUUUUAUUGAAAUGGCAGCGGUAUCACUAAACUAUGAUGGACGACAAUUUUAUUCACAUUUAAAUUUAUAUUUAGAAGAAACAAGAAAAAAAGGUUUAGUUGAUAAAUCUGAUGAAUAUGUGAAAAUUGUGAAUGAUUUGUUAGAUAAAACAAAAGCACCACCAGUCAAUUCAUUAAUUACAAUUAAUGUAAAAGAUCAUCCAAUGUUAAGUGCAACUGAUUCGAAAGCAGCUUUACAAUUAGCUAACCAGAAAAGUAUAGAACAAGCUGAUAUCUUUACGAGUACAUUUGCAUUUGAUGUUGUUACUAGAUUAGUGGGAAAUGAUUAUUUUGUUGUUACCGUUUCCACUGAAAAAGAAGAAAUUUGUGUAUGGGAUAUUAAAAAGUGUAAAAAAGUACGUACUCUAAAAGGUGUUACAUAUCCAAUAAAUUUAAUUCCAAUUGAUGAAUUUCGAUGUAUUGUACUGUGUCGACGAGAAUUACGAAUCUAUGAUUUGGAUAAAGGGCAAUUUGUUACAAAAUUAAAAGGUGUUAUGAAUCAAAAAAUGCCAUAUUAUGGUCUUCAUGACGAAAAUCAUUUAGUUGCACUUAGUCGUAAUCGUAUGUAUGUUAACUUAAUGAAUUUAAAUACAGGCGAUUGUGUUACUACUUUUAAAGCUGGUGAAGAUAGAUUUUUGAAUUCCCUGCUGGUUUCGGGGGAUGGACGAGUGUUAGUUUGCGGUGAUGAAACACAAAAACCUUUUCCGUUAUUAGUUUGGAAUUUAACAUCGAAAAAAUUAUUAUACGAUUUACGAAUUCCUCACCAUGAUUUUAUUACAUCUUUAGCUGCAAUUACUUAUGAAGGAAGUUACGUGUGUUGUGUGUGUCAUGAACUAGAUGAACCAAAUCCAAAUUUUAUUGUUGUAUAUGACUUACAAAGUGGUACAUUAUUUAAAAAAUGGAAACCAUCUUGUAAUACUGUUUCAUUAGAUAUAAGUUCACAGGGUGGCUGUGUUAUUUCAGGACUUGAAGAUGCUAGAAUUUUAGUUUGGGAUUUAAUUACAGGUAAUUGUCGUUGGACGUUAUACGGUCAUACCGCUCCAGUCAAUUUUCUACGGUUAGAUCCUGAAGGUAGUUGUUUACUUUCGACAGACAGUCAAUGUCGUGAUCGGUCAAUUCGUAUGUGGGAUCUUCAUGAAGGGCAUUUAAUGGCUGUUUAUACUCCAAAUGGAAAUUUAACAUCAAGUGAAAUAACCAAAGGUGGCAAAUACGUUGUAUUAGCAUUAGAAGGAAUGGAAACAUUAGUCACAUUAGAAUUGCGCGGUCCAAGACUUCCCCCCACAGACCACAGCCAAUUAUUUUAUGGCAAUCCUGAAAAUUGUGGAAAAAUUUUUGAUUUAAAUGAACAAGAUAAAUGCUGACCAAAAAAUUAAAUUAAUUCUUCUCAAAUUAUCAUUUUUAAUACAACACAAUAGUUUUAUAUUUAAUUUUAUGGUGUUCCAAAAAUUUCAUAAUACCAACUAUGUUUGUAAAACAGACUCACAUGUUUGCAAACAUAUAACCAAGCUUUGAAACACGAUGUGUCUUAUAUACGAAAUACAAAUCUGAGAUAAUCUCUUAACGUUUGAUUAUGCCUCUUAAUUAAUAUAAAUUAAUUAAGUGAUUAGAAUAAAUGGAUUCAUUUAUUAUGGUCCAGUACCUUAAUACAUUACAGUCAAAUCCGGUUCUGAUUUUCCUCAGAUUUGUUUAUAAUGUUGGCCUAAUGAAUAAUCCAAAUUUGUGGCCUCGAGCGUCGAAUGCAACUUUGUCAAAAAUUUCGGCAUUUUUUCAGGUUUUGGCGAUUAUAAUCGUAAAGGACUAAUUUUUGGUAGUAACUUUACAGGAUGUUUUUAAAGUAGACUUUUGCUACAAAAUGAGACUAGAACUGUAUCUGUAGACGCAAUAGUUUCUAAGAUAAAGCCUUUCAAGUUUCA